AUGGCCGACUCGUUUCAAAUUGCGUUGGCAAGCUUCAAAAAACGGUUGACCCAAGAGGAACAGUUGCGAUUUCAAACCACAACUCUGGACGAAGUGAAGACCGCCAUACUGAAGAUACAAGAUGACCAAAGCCGGCGUAAAAGCAUGAUGAAUCUCUCUCGUGUCAAAGCCUUUAUCGAAGCAUUUGAACAAUAUUCAAAUGUUGUCGAAGUUUUCCUCAACACAUCUUCAGUGUUGUGUUUCAUUUGGGGCCCUAUGAAAUUUUGUCUUCAGGUUGCAAGCUCAUGGGCCGAGUCUUUCGACACACUAUUGGACGCAUAUCAGCAACUUGCGGAAAACAUACCUCUUCUCGAGCAAUAUGGUGACCUAUUCAAAGGCAAUUCGUAUAUGGUUAACGUACUUGCGUUGUUCUAUGAAGACAUGCUCGACUUCCACCGAGCGGCUCUUAGGGUUUUCAGCAAAUCAACGUGGAAACAAAUAUUUAGGGCGACUUGGAAAGACUUCAACAGCAAAUUUCGGCAUAUACUAGAGAGUCUAGCCCGACAUAAAGCUCUAGUAGAAAGCCAAGCUACGAUUCUUCAAUUCGAAAAGCAGCAAAAAGAUUACACUAAAGCCGAAACUUCGCUUUCAACGAUCCAAGAAUCAAUUCUUCGUAUUCAAGAAUACCAGAGGGAGCAUCUUAACCACAAAAAGCAGUUCGAGACUAUCGAGAAGGAAGAUAACAAGCGUCAACGACUAGCUUUGCUAGAUUGGCUCGCUUCCACCGAUCCGAUACCUGACCAUGAGUUCGCGGUCUCUAUGCGAGCCGAUUAUCCCUCCUCCGGCAACUGGGUUUUGCAAGAGAAUAAGUUAAAAGCGUGGCUUGAUCCUCAACAGUUAACCGUCCCACUUCUCUGGAUUAAUGGUAUUCCCGGAGCAGGAAAAACCAUAUUGGCAUCCGUGAUCAUUGGAGAAUGCAUGAAGAACAGCUCAUCGUCGACAAUAUUCUUCUACUGCAAAUAUGACGAUAAACAAAGAGACACUUUCCUAGCUGUGGCUCGAGCUAUGCUCUCUCAACUGCUGAAGCAAAACGAAGUUCUUCUACCUUACCUUUAUAGCGAGUGUAUCAACAGUCACUCUGUUUCACUUGUCUCGCAUGAAAUGUGUACGAAGUUACUCGAGGUGUGCUUUGAAACUGUAUCUAAAUCCGAAAAGACGUAUGUGAUAAUUGACGGGCUGGAUGAAUGCGAGCCGGUUCAGCGGAGACUCUUGCUCUCUACUCUGGUCUCUAUUGUGCAAAAGACUUUGUAUCCAGGAAUGCUCCGCUUACUGAUUGUCAGUCAGAACGAGCCCGAUAUAAAGAGACACCUUCGGCAAUGCUCAGAUUUACGUUUGUCGAGCUCAUGUAACAGAUCUGAUAUUGAAGUCUAUUCUCGAGUGUGGGCAGAGAAAAUACAGCAGAAGUUUGUUGUACCAGAUGAUACAAAGACAUACAUCAUAAAGGCUGUGUCUGAAGGUGCAGAUGGGAUGUUCUUAUAUGCAAAGCUAACCCUAACUAAUCUUUAUGGGCAAACAUCUCGUGAAAAACUAUUCGAGGAACUUCGGCCGGGAACAUUUCCAGUUGGAUUUGAACAAGCAUACUCGAGGAUUGUGUGUCGAGUGUAUCAGAACCCCAACGAGUCGGAGCGAGCUACCGCAGAAAGAUUAUUGGGCUGGAUUUCAUGUGCUAAGCGUCCCAUGCGAUGGCAUGAAAUACAGGCUGCAGUAUCAAUUAACAUGGAUGAUGAGGAUGUGAACUUUGAGGACCGCCAACUACGGACUCAUAUUCAGGAUCUCUGUGGGUCUCUCGUGGAAGUCCUUCCAGGGGACCGAGUGCAACUCGUGCACAGCACCGCGAAAUCUUACUUGGUUGAUAAGAGCCAUGUAAGAAUUAUUAUAGAAGAGCAGAAACUGGCAGUAAUGUGCCUACGCUACCUGCUUUUCCAAUGCUUUGACCCGACUACACCUGACAAUCAAAUCCAUCACUAUGUCAAUGAAGGUUAUUAUGCAUUCCAGGAAUAUGCAAUUGUGUAUUGGGUUGAUCAUCUAGAGUCUCUGAUUGAGCAAUUAUCACCAUCGGACCUUGAAAACUCAGAACAAUGCGACCUUGGGUCCGCCAUUGCGGAAUUUUACGAGAUUUUUGGGGUGCAAAGCACAAAAAGGUCGGAUGUCCUCUCCUUCUUAGAAGAUCGAUGUACUCAUCUUGUUGGGUCCGACCAACUAGACUCACUUCUUCUUCUGCUGAGCCACACUAGAAAAGUUCGGGCCGCUCAAGAUGAACUUACAGAGCCAACGGAGUUAAAGAUCAUCCUCGAGAAAGUACGAUCCUAUUUAGCCAAACUGUCCAAAUCAAAAAACUUAACGAUUGUGGAAAAGCAAAAGCUCAAUACUUAUUACGGUUCAAAAUGGAUCAAAUGUCCUCGCCAUGCAUGUUUCUACUUCCAUGAGGGGUUUCCUGACGAAUCUAUUCGUGAUAAGCACCUUCUACGACACGAGAAGCCCUUUUUAUGUACAGAUCUAAAUUGUCUGAGAAAACAUUGGGGAUACAGUACCGAGAAGGAACUCAAAAGACAUGUGCUAAUAGAGCAUCCCGAUCCAGCAGCUUUCGGGGGGAAAUUUCCAAAGGUCAAGAAAGAACCAGUGAAGCAUCAAUGUGAUCGAUGCGAAAGCUCAUUUACAAGGUCAUCAGGUCUAAAGAUACACCAACGGAAACAUGAUGGAAUAAAACCAUUUAAGUGCGAAUCUCCUGGCUGUUCAGCGGCAUUUUCGAGGAGAUGGGAUCGUGAUAGACAUGUGAGGUCUACUCAUUCAGGAAUGGGAAAUGCUAGUGGAUCGCAAUCACCACAAUCUACGCCUGUUCAAAGUCUGCCAUAG